UUUGGUGCUAUUCACAGUCGUCCGUUGUGUCCACCUCGUUCGCAGUAAUCCCCCAUUAUCUGCCAUGGGUCGUCGUCCUGCACGCUGCUAUCGAUAUUGUAAAAAUAAGCCUUACCCAAAGUCUCGAUUUUGCCGGGGUGUCCCCGAUCCCAAAAUUCGGAUUUAUGACUUGGGCAAAAAGAGGGCCGAUGUUGAGGAGUUCCCGCUUUGUGUUCACCUUAUCUCUGACGAAUACGAGCAGUUAUCUAGCGAAGCGCUUGAAGCUGCUCGAAUCUGCGCUAACAAAUACUUGCUGAAACAUUGCGGGAAAGAAAAUUUUCACGACCGAGUUCGUGUUCACCCUUUUCACGUUAUUCGAAUAAACAAAAUGUUGUCGUAUGCGGGUGCUGAUCGUCUUCAGACCGGAAUGCGCGGCGCGUUUGGCAAGCCUCAGGGAACUGUUGCCAGGGUCAAUAUCGGUCAAGUGAUCAUUUCGGUCAGAGCUAAGGAUCAACACCAAAGUGCAGUGAUCGAGGCCCUCAGACGAGCAAAAAUGAAGUUCCCAGGGCGUCAAAAGAUUGCUGUCUCUCGUAACUGGGGUUUCACGAAGUGGCGACGUGCAAAUUUCACCGAGAUGAUGCGGACGGGUUCCCUUGUGUCUGAUGGUGCCACAGCGAAGUAUCAACCAGAACACGGGCCUCUCGAAAACUGGAAGCGUACGCAAUCUCGGCUAGCUGGUGUAUCUGCCUAGAUAUGCAAUUAAACUUCUCGUCUCGGCAUUGACUUCUUAGCCGUCUCGCACAAUUCUGGGCUUCUUUCGCAACUUGUACUUGUGCUCUGGCUACGCGUUUUUAUUCAACACUACCUAUGACUCUCGAUUGUAGAAGACAGCUGCGACUUUUCUUUCUGUUAUCAGUAAGAUUCCUGAUUAAUGUACUGAGAGGUUAUCUGGCGCACUCGUCAGCUGCAGUUCGCUGAUUGUCCCAAUUCGGUUAACAUUGCGUCAACUAUGAUCUAUUCCUUGAAGCUGCAUCACAAAUUUACUCUGGC